UAAUUUUUCCAGUGUGAUUUGGAGAACAAGUUCUUGUGUUUGGUGCUCUCCAAUGAAAAAUAAUUUUCUAUAACAAAAAACUAACAUGUCAGAUUUAUCAGCAACUCCAACACUUGGGUGGUUUGAUCUUAGCAUAUUUGGGGUUAUGCUAAUUCUGUCAGCAUUAGUGGGGAUUUAUUUCGGCAUUUCGAAAAAGCAGGACAGCGCCAAGGAAUACCUCAUGGGCGGGAAGAGCAUGGGAAUGAUCCCUGUAGCCAUCUCCUGUGUCGCAAGCUUUGUUUCGGGCAUUACCGUUAUUGGGGUACCUACUGAAACCUACCAGUUUGGAACGCAAUACAGCAUAGUAGCAAUCUCAUUUAUAUUGAUUGGAUGGACAGUCGCGACCGUUUUUAUCCCAUUGUAUUCUAAAUUGGAUAUCAGCACAUCAUAUGAGUAUUUAGAGCUGCGUUUUGACAGAAGAGUGCGAUAUUUUUGCUCCCUUGUUUAUUUGCUCUCGCUGAUGCUCUACAUUCCUGUAGUAAUCUAUGUGGCAGCACUCGCUUUUAGCCAAGUUACAGGCAUAAAUGUUCACUUGGUCACACCAGUAACCUGCAUGGUCUGCAUAUUUUAUACAACAAUGGGUGGAAUGCGAGCAGUGGUGUGGACUGAUGCCUUGCAGACAGUGGUUAUGGUGUCCGCAAUAAUAUUUGUGAUGGCUCUGGGGGCUGAAAAACUCGGUGGCUGGGGCCGAGUUUGGGAAAUAAACGAAGCUGGUGGCAGAUUGCAGUUUUUCAACAUGGACCCAGAUCCAUUUCAAAGGCAGACUUUCUGGACCGCUUUGAUUGGAAUCUAUUUUAUGUUCUUGGCUGAUUGCGCUAUCGGCCAAUCCUUUGUGCAGCGUUACCUAUCGGUCCCUGACCAAACGACUGCAAUCAAGACAGUGUGGAUUUUUGCCAUUGGUUUGUCUGUAACUCUUCUCCUAAGCGUGGCGAAUGGGCUCCUGUUAUACGCUUCGUAUGCAGGCUGUGACCCUGUUUUGGCAAAGAGAGCAAGCAAGCCUGAUCAAUUGCUGCCGUUGUUUGUAAUGGACGUUGCUGGACAUAUACCUGGCUUUGUCGGUCUAUUCGUUGCCGGUGUAUUCAGCGCUGCUUUAAGUUCAAUGUCUACCGGCUUAAACUCGCUCUCAGGCGUAUUGGUGUCUGACCUCCUGUCAAACGUUUUGUCAAAGAAAAUAAGCACCGGCUACUGGCUCCGUAUCGUAACUGCAGUGGUGGGUUUCGUCUGUGUUGCGCUUGUAUACAUAGUCGAAAACAUGGGAGUUAUUUUACAAGGGAUGCAUAGUUUAAACGGAAUAACAUCUGGCACAAUGUUAGGCCUCUUCCUGCUUGGAAUAUUUUGCCCUAAAGCAAACAGCAAAGGUGCUUUGGUUGGCUCAGCGGUUUCUUUGUGCUCUCUUGGAUUUAUAGUAUUUGGUACCCAGUAUUCUAGAAACACGGGUGCUCUAGUCGACAAAGUGCUUCCCGUAUCUGUCGACAACUGCACCUUCACCACUAACUUCACCCUGUCUCAAUCUGAUGGAUUUAAACAAGAAAGCGAAGAGGCAUGGUUGAUUUUCAAAAUUUCCUUCAGAUACUACACCCUGCUAGGGGUGCUCAUUGUCCUUAUUGUAGGCAAUCUUGUCAGCAUUUUCAGCGACAGUCAAGAUAUUAAAGAUAAACCUAUAAAUCGAGAUCUAUUUUGUCCGCUAGUGCAUCGCUUUUUGCCAAAUAAAACUGAAGAAGAGGAAAUGCCUGAAACGAAUGUUCUCAUGUAUCAACAUAAUAAGGAAUGAUUAAAUAAAUAUACAUAUUCUUCCUAGGAA